UUAACUUUAAAAAAUAAAAAUUCAAACUUUUUAAUUUUUAAUAAAUUUGAAUCUAAGCGCCAUAUCACGUGUUCCUUUAUUUAUUAAAACUGAUGCUAAGAAUUUGAAAAUAUUGAACUGCUCAUGCGCUUGUCUACUAAUGUGAUUGGCUGUUAUUUCUGUUCCAUGCCUUAAAUCCAACUCAGUCUUUGUUUUAAGUGUUUCUCUAUCCAAGCGUCAGCCAUAUUUAUUUUUUUACGUGUGCAUCAUUUCUGUGAAACGACGAUUAACGAAAAUAGAUUGCAAUUUAUAAAUAUCAAUAUAAAAUUCAUUAUUAUUAAAGUGAUCGGGUUUUCUUUAAGAGAAGACAAGUGUAAAUAUUCAUACGAAAAGUAUAUUAAUAGGCCCAUAAUUGUAGUUUGAAAACUAAAACUCAUUGAGAAUUGAAAAAUGACACCGAGAAAAGGGAAAAUAAUCAAAAAAUACUUGCUUUUUGAAUUCAUAUAUCCUGAUAAAAACAGUGUAAAUAGUGUUAAGGAUAUCGACUUCGCAUGCAAGGAUUGGAUUUUCUUCGACGAUGAAGAAAAUGAGCUUCUGUGCCAAUUUAUGCCACCACCAUAUACUAAUGAAAAUCAUAGAUUAUUGACUGAUUUAUUGAAGGCUGAUGCACCAGCACCUGCAGAUUGGCCAGCUUAUCCAAUCACCUUGAAAGGUCAUGCAGCAACCUAUGAAGAAGCUCUUCAGAAGUUAAGAGUUUUAGAAACAGAAAAAUUUGCUUAUACUACAGGAGUUGACAGUGCUGGUGAAGAAAAAUCUAUAGAAAUAACUAGACGCAUUCGUUCUAAGCAAACUAAAAUUUCGACUAAAACAAAAAGUGCACUGGUAGUUCCUAGUUUGGCUGACCCUAUUCCCGAGAAAAGAUCUAAAACUCAGGAAAUUAUUGAUUCGGAUUCGACUACAAAAAAAAGAGCACUGGAAGUUCCUAGUUUGGCAGACCCUAUUCCCAAGAAAAGAUCUAAAACUCAGGAAAUUAUUGAUUCGGAUUCGACUACGAAAAAAAGAGCACUGGAAGUUCCUAGUUUGGCUGACCCUAUUCCAGAGAAAAGAUCUAAAACUCGGGAAAUUAUUGAUUCAGAUAAUAGUUCUGAUUUCGAGGAUGUCCACUUUCGUCAAACGUCAGGAUUGAAUACUCAAUAUUAUCCAAGUACAUCACGCGGCAAUAUAACUGCAUUGGAAUCGAGAGGACAACAAAACUCGAUAUCUUCAAAACUUUCUCAAAACAAGAAUUUGAAUAAUAUUAAAAAAACUACUAAUGCGGCACCACAAUUGCCGAAGCAUCAAACUUUGCCAAGCAGCAUACCUUAUUCGUACAGGGAGGACAAUAAUAUUUUAACAAGAAUCAAAAAGCAGAAUGAUGCGAUUUUAUCUGGCAUUUCCGAUAUUAAAACUGAUGUUCGCGAAUCCGCUGAAAAUUUCAGGCUUUUACAUGCACAUUUAAAUGUUGGAGGUCAAGUACCCAGUUUAUCAAAUUUUACAUUUAUAAACGAUAAUAAAUUGGAUGUGCCUUUCAAGGAGCUUGAGGAUUUUCAAAAAUUUGACAAUGAUUUAGAAACCAAAGAAGAGUUUAAAAAUCAGUUUAUUGCUUCACUACCUCAACUCUUCGAUCCCUCUUUAAAAAUUCGAAAAACAAUUACGAACAUUCUUCGUACAUAUUUAUCAAAAAACGUGGCUCUUCAGUACGUUGCCAUGAAGAAAACAAAAGAUAAAUUAAUAUUCAAGAAAACAUCUAUGAUAACUUGUAUUAUAGCUGCAAUGUCAACUUGCCAUAAAGAUCCUCUAUCAGGAUUGUUUUUAAAUGAACAAACUUUCUUGGCUGAGUUGAAAGCCGUAUUGCCAAAUGCCAAGGAUUGGGAAGGUGGACGCAAGGCUAGGGCAGUAGAUGAGACAGAUCAGUAAAUUCAUUUUCAUUUCUUAUUUCUAUGUUAACAAAAUUAUUUCUAAACUAAUAAUAACUAAUAUUACUUUUGUAUUACAAUUUAUAAAUAAAUAUGAUUAAAACUAAUAUAAUUGUCAUUUAAAUGUAGUUUACAAUUAAUACUAAUAAAAAUCUAAAAGGGUACGCUUUUUUACACUAGUGGGGUAUCAGCUAGUUUUACUUGCUAGUUUCUGACUAGAUAUACUAGAUCAGUACCCGAUCUAAUGACCGUUAUGAAAGUAGUUGGGUUCCAACUAUUUUCCCUAAUCAGUGCCCCACUACAGAUAGGGACUUCUGACUAGAACCCCAUCAAACUCCAAUCUUAAUUUCUGCAUGGGAUA